UUUAGUUCUGUUUGGAGGUCCGAUACCGCAACACGUUCCAUUCCGAUUCGUGAUGGCACCACUUCCGCUGCUCCUGCUUCUGCUCCUGGUGGUGGCGACUGGUUUUGGCCGCGCCUACGAGGCACCUGCGGCUCAGGUGCGCGUGUUCUAUCCCAGGGGAUUCGAGGUCUCCAUUCCGGAUGCGGAGGGUAUUUCCCUGUUUGCCUUCCAUGGCAAGCUGAACGAGGAGUUCGACGGCCUGGAGGCUGGGCGAUGGGCAAGGGAUAUUCCGAAAGCCAAGCGGGGACGCUGGACGUUCCGAGAUCGAGAGACACAGCUCAACCAUGGCGAUACCCUGUACUUCUGGACCUACGUGGUCUACAACGGGCUGGGCUAUCGACAGGAUGACGGAGCUCAUGUGGUCAACAGUUACGACAAUAAAUAGGUUCACCCCUCGAACCAUGAAAUGUUUGGGGCCAAGCUUAAAGCUCUUCUGGAACCCUUGUUUAUGAACUUUCUAUUGUAAUCUGAUCAUUUGGUUUUCAGCUAAUCUUUUAGUUGACAAAUAAUGUAUAAUAUAGAAUUGCUGCAUUCAGCAAAUCACAAUGUUGUAUAAAAUUAAACAAGUGUUGAUAAGUUUAUUAAUCAACAACUUAAAGACAAUAUUUAUCGCUUUAGCAUGCAAUUUAUGAUGAAGUAAAAAGGAAUCAAGUCAAUUGAUAUUAAAAUCAAAGGAAUGUAAAUUCAUAUUUUAUCCACUCAGCGCUUUCAUUGUGGCUGUGACGUGUUUAAUUAUUUUCGUUAGUAAAAACACUUUUAUCCAAUGCAAA